AAAAUUGCAUCACUAUCAUCACGUUACUUUUGCUGCAUUGGUAUACAAUUCAUAUUGGAUUGAAAACUGCAGAAACACUAUUAUAGCUGGCCACUAGUCCUUAUUCAGUUGGAUUUUCUUGGUGGUAUUACAUAGUAGUAGUAGUGGUGGUGGUGUAUUACAGCAGAGGAGAGAGUUUACUAUACUUUGGCCACUACACCAUUGAUAGUGAACAAGGAAGAGAGGGGUAAUUAGUUUUGGGGUUGGAAAAAGAUAUGGGGGAGGAAAUUGGGUUUUUGGGUUUGGGAAUUAUGGGGAAGGCCAUGGCAGUGAAUUUGCUCCGGCAUGGCUUUAAGCUCACUGUCUGGAACCGUACCCUUUCCAAGUGUGAUGAAUUGGUGGAGCAUGGAGCUUCUGUUGGAGAAACUCCUGCCGCAGUAGUGAAGAAAUGCAAGUAUACCAUUGGAAUGUUGUCUGACCCUGCUGCAGCUCUUUCUGUGGUUUUUGACAAAGAUGGUGUUCUUGAGCAUAUUUGCACCGGUAAAGGUUAUAUUGACAUGUCAACUGUCGAUGCUGACACGUCUUCAAAGAUCAGUGAGGCAAUUACAUCAAAGGGAGGUCAUUUCCUUGAGGCCCCAGUUUCAGGUAGCAAGAAACCUGCUGAAGAUGGUCAAUUAGUCAUCCUUGCUGCUGGGGAGAAGGCAUUGUAUGAGGAAGCACUUCCCGCUUUCAAUGUCAUGGGAAAGAAAUCAUUCUUUUUAGGGCAUGUUGGAAAUGGAGCAAGAAUGAAACUUGUCGUCAACAUGAUAAUGGGCAGUAUGAUGAAUGCAUUCUCAGAGGGACUUGAAUUGGCCGAUAGAAGUGGACUGAACCCUCAAACUCUUCUUGAUGUUUUGGACCUUGCAGCAAUUGCCAACCCAAUGUUCAAGAUGAAGGGACCUCCAAUGCUCCAAAAUAAUUAUACCCCUGCUUUUCCUCUGAAACAUCAGCAGAAGGAUAUGAGAUUGGCUCUUGCCCUUGGAGAUGAAAAUGCAAUUUCAAUGCCAGUUGCAGCUGCAGCUAACGAGGCCUUCAAAAAAGCCAGGAACUUGGGGUUAGGGGAUCUUGAUUUUUCAGCUGUGCACCAGACAGUUAAGGGUGGUGAACUUUGAUAUUGAACCUACCAGGGACUCGGGGCACCGAUGCUGCUAAAGAAGAUAAUGUGAGGAGCAUCAGGAUAAGCGGACAGAAGAACAUAGAUGUCUGCGGACAGAAGAGCGUAGACGCCUUCCUGCUCUAGAAAUUGAGUUGUGUCAACCACUAAGAUUGCUUUUAUGUACAACUUGACUAUUCUUUCCUGUAUGAACCACUCCACUACAGUGAAAUUGCUUGGUUUGGUCCAAUGUUUUAAAAUUCGGACCGGUGAUUGACCCCGGUUGAGUGACUGGUUCCGGUUUGUUUCCGGUUCAACCGUUCGAGCCACUGGUUCUUUGAUUUUUUAUUUUUUAAAAUAUUUAUAUGUACAAGCCCACCAUAGCAUGCGGUGGGCCAGUCCAAGUUUCCUUUAGUA